GACUGACUACAUGACUACAAACUGACUAUUGUGAAUUUUCGCAAUUCACCACAAUACUGCAAAGUUUAAAGACACUUUGCACUAAAAAUUACAAGAGGCCUCUGAUCUCUUGUCAUUAAUUGACGAGAAGCGAAUAUUUACGAGAAUGUAUUCCAAUAACGUAUCAAAUGUGAUCUGACGGAAGCGCGUUCAAGCAGGCAUUAAGUCUUGUUGUCAUAAUUAACCACAAUAUCCAUCGCAGAACGUCUUUUGUGACAGGUUUAUAAAGGAAAUUAUUAUACGUGUUGAGAACCUUAUAUUGCUCUGACAGGCAGGCAGUGUCUGGAGUGGUACAAUAUAACCAAGAAGUUUCAAUCAUAAACAAUAAUCAUUCCACGGAGAGCCAGCCGUGAUUCAAUAUCAUGUCCGCUGAAGAAACUAUCAAUUACUCGAAAUCAUUUUCUUGCGAGGAAGUGUUAGCGCAAGCGAAAUGGUAUCAUGACGAUCUUCAGAAAGGAGGCUGGCGUGAAAUAUACAAGGAGGAAGGUAAAGCAACAUUUUGGUUAAAAAACUUUCCCAACGAAGAAAUAAGGACAAAGGUUUUGGUGAAAUAUCAACUGCCCUUGACCAUUCAACAAUUCAUCGAGAUCUCGAAUCCUAAGAAUAUGGAAUUUCGCGCUCAGUGGGACAAGGGGUUCGUCGGCAAUGAAAUAUUGGAGGAAUAUCCCGAUGGUGGGGGGUAUUUGGUGUCUAACAGAGUGGAAAUGCCAUGGCCUUUUUGGGAUCGAGAGUUUGUGCUGUUCACAACCCCAGCUAUAGAAGUGGAGUGGUAUGAUAAACAAGCGUAUCUCAUUCCGUAUAUCAACGCUUCACACAAGUCAAAACCAGCAAACGAAGGGCCAUAUGUAAGAGCGACAAACGGCGGUCAGUUUGUAAUUGCAACGGCAAACGAGAGCGAUCCUGAUCACAGCUGUACCAUAUUUGGUUUAUCACACAAUCUCUACAAUGGCAAUAUGCCUUCAAGAGGUAUAACAUGGCUUAUCGCUCGCGCCGUGCCCAAAGGCUUUCUCAAGUUCUAUGACAGUAUGGUCGAAGGAUAUAAAAGUUUUUUUGCUGAUAAGUCAUAAAUAUAUACGAAUGCAUCGUUUAAUAAUUUCAUGCUUUAGCGAAAGGAAUGUAUACCACUUGAUUUUUUAAACUGUACUUAUACAUAGUGUGCUCAUUUUGCAAAGGUAGUCAUCACAAACUUUCACGAUAUUAAAAUUAGCCAUGUCAAAGCAUAAUUAAAUCUUAG